AAACCCAGAAAUCGAGAUUUAGAGAGAGAGAGAGAGAAGAUGAUCGCAGACGGAGCCGAAGAUGAAGAGAAAUGGCUCGCAGCUGGAGUUGCAGCCCUCAAGCAGAACGCGUUCUACAUGCAACGAGCCAUGGACUCGAAUAAUCUCAAAGAUGCUUUGAAGUAUUCCGCUCAGAUGCUAAGCGAGCUACGCACCUCGAAGCUUUCUCCUCACAAGUACUACGAACUCUAUAUGCGAGCUUUUGAUGAGUUGAGGAAACUGGAAAUUUUCUUCAAAGAAGAGACUCGGCGUGGGUGCUCAGUCAUUGAACUUUACGAGCUGGUUCAGCAUGCUGGCAACAUAUUACCGCGAUUGUAUCUGCUAUGUACAGCAGGAUCCGUAUACAUCAAAUCCAAGGAAGCUCCUGCCAAGGAGAUUCUUAAAGAUCUUGUUGAAAUGUGUCGGGGGAUUCAGCAUCCUGUUCGUGGUCUCUUCUUGAGAAGUUAUCUUGCUCAAAUCAGUCGAGACAAAUUGCCUGAUAUCGGUUCUGAAUAUGAAGGAGAUGCUGAUACAGUCAUGGAUGCUGUCGAGUUUGUGCUACUGAACUUUACGGAGAUGAAUAAAUUGUGGGUCAGAAUGCAACAUCAGGGACCUACCCGAGAAAAGGAGAGGCGGGAAAAAGAGAGGAGUGAGCUACGUGAUCUUGUUGGAAAGAAUCUUCAUGUACUGAGUCAGUUAGAAGGUGUUGAUCUUGAUUUGUACAGAGAUACUGUUCUUCCAAGAGUUUUAGAGCAGAUUGUGAAUUGCAGAGAUGAGAUUGCACAAUACUACCUUAUGGACUGUAUAAUUCAAGUAUUUCCUGAUGAAUACCACUUGCAGACUCUUGAUGUACUUCUAGGUGCUUGUCCACAACUUCAGCCUUCAGUUGACAUCAUGACGGUGCUUUCACGUCUAAUGGAGAGGCUAUCAAAUUACGCUGCCUCAAAUACUGAAGUGCUACCUUAUUUUCUGCAAGUAGAAGCAUUUUCAAAGUUGAAUAAUGCAAUUGGAAAGGUGAUAGAAGCGCAGGCAGAGAUGCCGAUCCUGGGUGCAGUGACCUUAUAUUCGGCCCUUCUCAAAUUCACUCUCCAUGUUCACCCUGAUAGACUUGAUUAUGCGGACCAAGUGUUGGGAUCAUGUGUUAAGCAACUUUCUGGCAGAGGAAAGAUUGAUGACAACCAUGCAACAAAGCAGAUAGUCACACUUUUAAGUUCUCCACUGGAAAAGUACAAUGAUGUUGUCACAGCUUUGAAAUUAACAAAUUACCCUCUUGUCAUGGAGUACCUCGACAAUGAGACAAAGAGAGUAAUGGCAACCGUUAUAAUCCAAAGUAUUAUGAGAAACAAUACUCAUAUUGCUACAGCAGAGAAGGUUGAAGCACUGCUUGAACUGAUAAAAGGGCUUGUCAAGGAUUUGGAUGAGACCCAGCAGCAUGGGGUUGAUGAAGAUGAUUUUAUGGAGGAGCAGAAUUCUGUUGCGCGUCUCAUUCACAUGUUAUAUAAUGAUGAUCAAGAAGAAAUGUUUAAGAUCCUCAGUACCCUGAAGAAGCAUUUCCUUACUGGAGGGCCUAAGCGUCUCACAUUCACCAUUCCUCCUCUUGUUGUUUCGGCUCUUAAGCUAAUCAGGAGAUUGCAAGUCCAAGGGGACGAAAAUCCUUUUGGAAAAGAGGCUUCUAUUACAGCCACUAAAAUCUUCCAGUUUCUGAAUCAGACCGUUGAAGCUCUAUCUAUUGUUCCGGCUCCUGAAUUGGCAUUCCGAUUGUACCUGCAAUGUGCCGAGGCUGCAAAUGAUUGUAAUGAAGAACCAAUCGCAUACGAAUUUUUCACCCAGGCUUACAUUUUAUACGAAGAAGAAAUUUCGGACUCAAAGGCCCAAGUGACCGCAUUACAAUUGAUCAUUGGCACACUGCAGAGGAUGCACGUUUUCGGGGUUGAGAAUAGAGAUACUUUGACACAUAAGGCUACUGGGUAUUCAGCAAAGCUUCUAAAGAAACCUGACCAGUGCCGUGCUGUUUAUGCAUGUUCUCAUCUCUUUUGGGUGGACAAUCAUGACAAUAUACGAGACGGGGAGAGGGUUCUGCUUUGCCUGAAACGGGCUCUGAAGAUUGCAAAUUCCGCUCAACAAAUGGCAAAUGCAGCACGGGGAAACACUGGAUCUGUUAUCCUCUUCAUUGAGAUACUGAACAAGUACUUGUAUUUCUUUGAGAAAGGAAUACCACAAAUAACUGUAGAAGCAAUCGAGAGUUUGAUCGAACUGAUAAAGACUGAGACGCAGAGCGAGUCGUCCAUUGCAUCCGACCCAUCUGCCGAAUCAUCCUUCUUCGCCAGCACGAUGAGGUAUAUGGAGUCCCAAAAGCAGAAGGGCGGUGCUAUCAGCGCCAGACUCGAAGCCAUCAAAGUGUAGAAAACAAAAGCUGCUUUGGGAGAUGUUCACGUAAAAAAUGCCUUCGCAUUUGUCCCAUGAUGAUUUUUUGGACAGAUAUUCAAAGCUUUUAAGAAAGAGAGAACUCUCUCUUUGUCGGAUUAUUGAUGCUGCUGUUCGAUCGAGAGAGAGAUAUGGUGGGUGGUGGUUCCUUCCUCAUCUGUGUAACUAUUGGCGUUUCGUUAUACGAAUCCGUCUGUGUGUCCAUUGGUGACGGAUGGAUGAGUAGAUUUCUACGAGUGAUUCUCAUGUU